AUGAUGUGGAUCGCCUUGUUGAAGUGGCGUUUUGCUCAUCAGGGGAUAAAUUUGGCCUCGUGUCUGGUCCGGUCUCGACAGUAUCAAAGAGAAAGCGAGGCUGGUGAAAAAAAUGUCCUUGGGCAAGCUCAUCAUCUGUGCGUGCAUUGCCCCCGUUUGAGUUGGCGAACAAUAGCAUCGUGGCUGCUUCCGCUCACCGGAGAUGCAUUACACGGCACUCCGCCAUCUCAUCAAGUGGGUUAUUCGGCCAUGAUGCUGUUUAACCGGCGUGCUGUCUUCAAAAUCAGUGUCCAAUUUUCUGGGAGCAUUACAGUUUGUACAUAUAGCACUGUAUGUCAGUUGGCUUGA